AUGAAAACAUUCAUGUCGAAGAGAAAUGAAGCUUUUCUAGAUGGCCGAAGAAAACCUAAUAGAAAAACCAAGGUCAAAAGGCUGUACACACCCAAAAGGAAAAAGAAAAAAGCCGUCCCUGCUUCUGUAAUUCCUGUAAUUAGGCCAGAGACGGCUUGCUACUGUGGUGUAGUCGUAUGCAGUCAUGCAAGACUUCACGAGCAUAUACUCUACGAGCAUUCAUAUCCCACAAUCAUUCGAUGCUCUCAGUGCGGUGCUUCGGCUGAACGCGUUCACGAACACCAUAUUUGCAGCAUUUGUGAUGUAUUCGCGGAUAAUCUUGAGGAGCAUCUCAAGAACCAUUACCGUGACCGCUUGGGUUCAGGAGCUUUCAUGGAAUGCCGGUUGUGUUGCAAAACCUUCUUAACUGUCAAAGAAGUCGUAAUACACGAACGUGUGUCCCAUGCAAGGGUGCGAAAGCUUUCCUCGUAUGAGUGCGAGUACUGUGGAGAUUGUUUCGCAACUAAGCAUGUGCGCGAUAAUCAUCUCCUGAGGCACUUUGAAGAAAGUAUUGGUGAUAUCUGGGAUCGCGUGGAGCAAAUGCAAUGA